GGUUAGUGGGAAGUCCAUUGGAUGCAGCGUAUGCAGUCAGAUUAGUGCACAUGGCAGUAAACUUUUAAUUUCUAGUUUCAUCUCUGUUUCAGGAGCUUUGAGAUUGCAGGUAAUUACUAAAAUUAGUUUUUGGAGAAAAUUCAGGAACUGGGUCAUCGUCUUUAUCGUCAAAAUUUAAAAUUGUUAUGAGCAUCUUCUUCAUCUUGUUCGUCAGUGGGUUUGGUGAGUGGUGGUGGAUAAUCCGAAGGAUUAAAGAGAAGUGGGGGGAGCCUGCAAUAUGCAAGUGCUUGUUAAAUAGUUUUAUACUUUUUAAACCCUUGAUUUGAAAGAUUCUGAUUCUGAUGGAUACUUUUUGUAUUUGUAUAUAAUUCCGCUUACCCAAAUUAAAUAAUCAUGUCAAGUAUUCAAAGAUUUAUUCUUUAAUCUCAUCAAUGCCAUUAGUUUUCUUUUCACCCACACAUCACAUAAUUAAGCGAAGCGAGCGAGAAAGCUCUGUUUUUCAUUUGCUUCUCAUUUUUCUGUGUUUGUUUGUUUUUUUUUUUUUUUUUGUUUGUUUGAGAGAGUGUGCAAUUGCAAGUUGACUUUACAGCGAGAAUUCCAAAGCCGGACGCAAAGUGUUUGUGGGGUCAUACUCGAAAUUCGACGGGAGAAUCUUUAGCAUUAGAAUCAUACUGAAUAAAAGCAGUUACAAAGGGAGGGGGCCGGAGAGAGGCAUUAUUGGGAGAAGAACUUUGCUGAUUUUCUUCUGGUUUAGGCUGUAAAAAGCUCUCUCAGGAGAUCAUUCUUCACUUCUGUUUCUGUACCAGACCUCUCUCUCAUGUUCCUAUUCUUCAGACACUUCUUCUUCCUGCUCAUUUCAGGAACAGUGCAGAAAUAAUUAUAACUACCCACUUGGGAAUCUCUUCGAAUCUUUCAAAUUUGUUGGUUCUUCCUAAACCUGGACUGAAAUUUCUUCUUCUGGGGUUGUAUCUGAUACUGGAUCGGUUUAGGCUAUAUCUGAUUCAGUGGUAAGAAGUUCUAAGCAUCUUGGGGUUUUCUGGGGAGUUUUCUUUUAUGGAUGAUGGUAUGUUAUCACCAGCUACAAUGCUGGAUGCUCCAGCUGACACUGCCAUGGAUUUGGACUACAUGGAUGGGCUGCUUUUGGAUGGAUGCUGGUUAGAAACAGCAGAUGGUACUGAGUUUCUUCAUACUAGUCCCUCAAGUUUUGGUGUCAACUUAGACCCUUUAAUUGGAUGGCCUGCUACAGAGAUGAAUGGUGAUUUUAACAUGAUCCAGAUUGCAAGAAAUAAUCAAGAAGAACCUAGGAAAGUCUUGACUGAUGAGAUGUCUUUGGGGAGGAAAAGAAUUGAUAUGGGGCAAGAGGGAUGCUCUGGUCAAUCAGAAAACAAUGGUUUUGAAGGUUCUGAAUUGUGUAGAAGAUUGUGGAUAGGACCUGGGGAACAUCUGGGUUCUGCUGCUUCUGUGAUGGAGAGAUUGAUUAGAGCUGUUGGGUAUAUUAAAGAUUUUGUAAGAGAUAAGGAUGUUCUUGUACAAGUAUGGGUGCCUAUAAAUAGAGGGGGAAGAAAUGUUCUCAUCACAAAUGAUCUGCCAUUUUCUCAGAAUUCCAGCUGCACAAGACUCACUAAAUACCGGGAUGUCUCUGUGAAAUAUGAAUUCACUGCUGAUGAAGAUUCUAAAAAUACUUUGGGAUUGCCUGGUCGAGUCUUCUCAAGAAAGGUUCCAGAGUGGACUCCUGAUGUUCGAUUCUUUAGAAGGGACGAAUACCCGAGAGUCAAUCAUGCUCACGAACACGAUGUACGUGGAACUGUUGCACUUCCUAUUUUUGAACAAGGUAGCAAGAACUGUUUGGGAGUCAUUGAAGUUGUCAUGGUUACCCAGCAGAUCAAAUAUGGUUCAGAACUUGAGAAUGUUUGCAAAGCUCUUGAGGCAGUCAAGCUUAGGAGCUCUGAAGUUAUCGGCCACCCCAAUAAAAAGCAGGCAUUUAACAGGUCCAACGAAGCUGUAUUAUUAGAGAUUCAAAACACUUUGGAAUCUGCUUGUGAAACGCAUGGCUUGCCUUUGGCGCAAACCUGGGCAUCAUGUAUCCAACAAAGUAGAGGGGGUUGCCGGCACUCGGACGAGAACUACAGUUGUUGCGUUUCUACGGUAGACCGGGCUUGCUUUGUUGCUGAUCAACGAAUUCGGGAAUUUCAUGAGGCAUGCUCUGAGCAUCAUUUGCUAAAAGGCGAAGGCAUUGUGGGGAUGGCAUUUAAAUCUAACGAGCCGUGUUUCUCAAGUGAUAUUACAUCCUUUUGUAACACAGAAUAUCCUCUUUCUCACCAUGCCAAGCUAUUUGGAUUACAUGCUGCGGUUGCAAUACGCCUUCGUUGCAUUUAUAUUAGUAAAACCGAUUUUGUAUUGGAGUUCUUCCUGCCUGUAAAUUGUAGAGAUCCUGAAGAGCAGAGAGUGCUACUCACUUCAUUGUCCACAAUUAUACAACGAUCUUGCAGGAGCCUGCGUCUUGUAACAGAUAAGGAGUGUAGGGAGGAAAAUAUGCAACAAUCUUCUCGAUGUUUACAUCUUGUUACAGACGUAAAGCUUGGAGAGGAAAGCAACUUUCCAUUCGGAGAGGCAGGUGUCAAUGCAAAUGGGAGAUCCGUUAUGCUGGAAAUGUCCAAGGUACAAAACCAUCAGUUAGAAACAAGUCAUCCAACAAAUUCAUUGUUAACUUCAUCUGUUCAAAACAUCCAACAACAUAGUGGCUUUGUCUCAUUAUUCCAGGGGAGCAAAACAGCGGAAGUCUUAAGUUCCUCUGGUUACCAGCCUCAUGAAUUUAAUUACGAUCUGAAUGGAGUUGUCGAGGACAGUGAAGAGUGCGCGACUGUAGGUAAUGGUAGCUUUUCUGAUGUAGGUUUGGGAAGAACUGGUGAGAAAAGACGAACCAAGGUGGACAAAACUAUCACCUUACAAGUUCUUCGGCAAUAUUUUGCGGGUAGCUUAAAAGAUGCUGCAAAGAGCAUUGGAGUUUGUCCUACCACAUUGAAAAGGAUAUGUCGGCAACAUGGGAUUAAACGUUGGCCUUCUCGAAAAAUAAAAAAGGUCGGUCACUCGUUGCAGAAACUCCAGCUCGUAAUUGACUCAGUGGAAGGCGCAUCUGGUGCUUUUCAAAUUGGAUCCUUGUAUUCUAAUUUCCAGGAAUUGGCCUCUCCAAAUCUAUCAGGUUCAGGUUCAGGUCCACUUUUAAGUGCAAAAAUUGGAGAUGGCCUGAAAACAUCAAGCAAUCAAAAUGAAGUUGGUAUGAGCAACCUCCAAGGUGCAGCAUCGAAAUCUCCAUCUUCAUCAUGCAGCCAAAGCUCGAGUUCAAGCCAAUGCUUUUCUAGUCGGAGCCAUCAAAAUCUUCCCCACUGGAACGAAGCCGGAAGUGAAGAUCAAAUGGGUGGAGAGAAUCCUUGUGAUGGAGAGCUAAAGAGAGUCAAAAGUGAAGUAGAGAUACAUGUAUCAAUUAUGGAAGGAUCAAACGUCCCUCGAAGAUCCCAAAGCUGCAAAUCCCUCUGCAAACAUCCAGCCACUGAAUGUCUAAUGUACUUAGCAAAAGAAAGCGAUGGGAUGACCGAAACGGUUGAAGUUCAGAGAGUAAAAGUCGCCUUUGGGGAGGAGAAAAUCCGGUUUCGAGUGCAUAACCGCUGGCGAUUCGAAGAGUUACUGAAUGAAGUUGGAAAACGAUUUAGUAUCAGUGACAUAAGUAAAUUUGAUCUCAAGUAUUUAGAUGACGAAUCUGAAUGGGUGUUAUUAACAAGUGAUACAGAUCUGCAGGAGUGUUUUCAUGUUUACAAAUCAUCUCGAGUCCAAACAAUAAAACUUUCACUUCAGGUGUCUCGUCGCCAUAAGAGAAACUCUCUUGCAAGCAGUGGCUUCUCAUGAGCUUGCAAUGACAGACAUUGCAAGAAGCUAUGGAGGAGCCACAAAGCUUCUGCAUUUCCCAUUCUAAAAGGACUCAAAUUUUACAAAAAAAAAGGGUCUUGGGUUUAGAUCUUCAGAUGGAGAGUGGAAAGCCAUGAGCAUGCAAAUGUGUUUUGUCAAUUUGAAGACAAGAAAGUCCAAUAAACUAUUGAAGGCAUCUUUUUUGCCUCUGUUUAAGAAGCAAGCCAAAGGUUGUGUCCUUUGUGGUUACAUGUUGGCAAUGCCAUGGCAACUACCUCGUAUGUAAAUUAGCUCUUUCUUUAUCUCUUUCUUAGCAAUUGGAAAAAUAGUUUUUUUUUUUUCUUCCUUUUUUCUUUUUGACUUUUGGGGUUUGUAUGUAAAUUUGACUUGUUGAGGGUGACAUAAUUGUGGCUGAGCUGGGAAAGACUUUUUUGAAGAAACAAAUAUUUUAUAUGCUCUGACGUCAACUUCAUUGUUGGCAAUAAAAUUAUCAAUUAUAUAUAUAUUA